GCCCAUUCGGCCCGAGCUGAUCUAGGCUUCUCCUCCGGAGCCUGCUCGCUGCUGCGGCUGCGCCUCCCCGUCCGCCGUGUCACCGCCGCCGCCAUGCCCGGAGGACUGCUUCUCGGGGACGAAGCCCCCAACUUUGAGGCCGACACCACCAUCGGCCGCAUCCGCUUCCACGAUUACCUGGGAGACUCAUGGGGCAUUCUCUUUUCCCACCCACGGGACUUUACCCCAGUGUGCACCACAGAGCUUGGCAGAGCUGCAAAGCUGGCGCCAGAGUUUGCCAAGAGGAAUGUUAAGUUGAUUGCUCUUUCAAUAGACAGUGUUGAGGACCAUUUUGCCUGGACCAAGGACAUCAAUGCUUACAAUGGCAACGAUCCCACAGAGAAGUUUCCAUUUCCCAUCAUCGAUGAUAAGAACAGGGACAUUGCUAUCCUUCUAGGCAUGUUGGAUCCAGCUGAGAAGGAUGAAAAGGGCAUGCCCGUGACAGCCCGUGUGGUGUUUAUUUUUGGCCCUGACAAGAAACUGAAGCUGUCGAUCCUCUACCCAGCCACCACAGGCAGGAACUUCGAUGAGAUUCUCAGAGUGGUUGACUCCCUCCAGCUGACGGCGACAAAGCGGGUUGCCACCCCAGUUGAUUGGAAGGAAGGAGAUAGUGUGAUGGUCCUUCCCACCAUCCCCGAAGACGAAGCCAAACAACUUUUCCCUAAAGGAGUCUUCACCAAAGAGCUCCCAUCUGGCAAAAAAUACCUCCGUUAUACCCCCCAGCCUUAAGUCUUUGUGGGAGUUGGGUCUGCCACUGCUCUCCCAGCACGGUGUACCUGAGGAGGCCAGCUGACAGUCACGUGUCCUCACAGCAGUUCCGUAGAAACAUCCCAGUGUGAUCACAGCCGAAGUCGUUAGGUCACUAUACUACUGGCUCAUUAAAUGGAAAUGGCACCAAAA